AUUAUUUGUGUUAAAAAGUGAAGGGUUUAAUCGGAUUUUAUUGCUAGUGAUAAGCGUUAUUGAUAAUAAAAUGACGCACGCGAGAGGUUGACGGAAAAUGGUAGUUGGUCGCGAUGGCGCCCGAUGCCGACGUCGAGGAUCGAGCGGGCUACAGGCCAGUACCAGUGCAUGCACCACGAGGUACUCCAAGACGCGUGGCACCUUCUCGGCCUCCAGCGAACCGAGCGUGGCUCGAGCGGGAGACCAGGAGCCCUGGCGAGCACCGCCGACUCCUCGACUCCCCGCCGAGCCCCAAACUCCAAGCCGGCCUCACGCUCGGAGUGUGGGAUGUUCUCAAGAAACAGAAGCAAGAGAAGCCGAUAGAGGAGAAGCCGAAAGUUAAGACGAAGUUCCAGAAGAGAUCGGAGAAGUUGUAUGCUGUUCUCAAACCGCCUUAUUUUAUGCUCACCGUUAUUAUUAUAAUCGUAGCAAUGUACCUGUGGGGCUCGGAGCGCGCGCGCAUGCGCCUGGAGUGGUCGCCGGGCGCGUGGUGGCGGGAGCCGUGGAGACUGCUGUCGUACGGCGUCGUACACGCCUCCGCCACGCACUUGGCUACCAACGCCAUCGUAGCCCUUGCGGUGGGCUGGAUGCUGGAGCGUGAGCAGGGCCGCGCCCGCGUGUGCGCAACCUGGACGGCGGGGCUGGCGGCGGGCGCGCUCGGCGCCGGGGCAUUACAACCGCGGGUACGCGUCGUCGGAGCGUCCGCCGCCGUCUAUGCCUUGUUGACAGCGCAUCUACCUAACGUGUGCCUUAGAUUCGGCCACAUCCCGCUCUGGUGGUUCCGACCUCUAAGUGUGGUGGUGCUGGCGACAUCAGAGACGCUAAGCUGGGUGCUGCUGCGCACGCCAGCAGGCGCGUGGCACGACGAGGUACCAGUAGCCUGGUCCGCUCACGCCCUGGGAGCCGCUGUCGGCAUCCCUAUUGGCUUCCUCGUCUUCUCAGGAGAGAACUCCAAUAAAACACCUAUUUUAAUCGCCAAGCUCAUCUCUGCCUUAGCAUUAAUAGGAGGGACAACCCUAGCAACAAUCCAUUAUGUGUUCUGGUAUGAGUUGGAUACAUGACGCACAAUAACCAGCCUUAAAGAGGCGACUUAAAGUGCAAUUUCCUCCGUCCGCUAUUACAUUAGCUUUCGAUGGGAUUUAUACCUUUGUAGGUGAUUCAGCAGCAAAGGAAUGAUGCAGAUGAUCGCAACGAGUCUUCCUUAACGUAUUGAUAUUGUUAAAUUUUUCUAGUUUAUUUUCAUGUUGGUAAACAUGGGAAUAUUUGUUGCUGAAAAUGUAUGACUUUUAUACAGGGCGUAUGAAUUUUACUAGAAGUGGUUGUUUGUUAGCACAGCUUUUUGUGUUGGAUAUUGUGAUGUGAUGCUUUUAAAUCACGCGUGGCCAUACUCCCUGUAUGUACUUACAUACC